CUUUUAUUUUCAUUCGUCCAACACACCGUGACAGCAUCAAAUUCUUCUACACAUAAUGUCACAUUCCGGAUCCAAACUCGAAGUCGAGGACGAGGAGAACAGGCAGCAAAGGAUCGGUAACCUCCUUGAGCAAUUGAAUAGCUCUUCAUCCUCUAGGAAUACUUCCAAUGCUGCCCCACCUGCUUUCGACUUUGGUGAACGGAAAACGUAUGCAGUAGAUCCACCCAGCGAAUUACUCGCACGCAUCCAGGACUUCCUCCCCCGCCUCAAAGAAGAAAACGAAUCGCUUGCACAGCGCAUCCGGGACAACCCAUCGAGCGUAGAUAUAGAGAACAUCGAAGAGGACGCAGAGCGGUACAUCGAAAUGAACCUCGGUCUGGGCGUGUUAGAGACGCGGCACAAGGACUCAGACUCUCAUUCAGACGACGAAGAAUCCGAGAGCGAGGAUUCUUCUUCUUCGUCGUCGUCGUCCUCACCCGGCUCCUCCUCAGAAUUCCACUCAGACUCAGGCUCAGACUCGGACUCGGACUCAGACGGCAGUUCAGACUCAGACUCCUCAUCAAUUGGCAUAACAGCUAUAUCCUCUCGUCCUAUCAAACCCCUCCCCCGGCGUACCGCACAAUCUGAUAUCGAUAUCCUUCCAGAUCCACCUUCCGCCGGCUCACAGACAUCUUGCUGAAUACGGCAAUAUUCAUUGUCGAUCCGACUUCCUUCGGCAUCAACGAUCCUCGGGACCAACUUCGGCGACUCAUGAAAGCCCGUUUCGACCUUUGACGAGCCUAUCUUAGCAUCUUUCACGUCGGGAACUCAAAGAGGUUCGCCGAAUACCUUGUAAAAACAUACCCAAUACAAGAAGAUCGAGAAGAG